UUAUUCCUUUGGUAAGGACUUAGUAUUUGUUUCGCAACAUACGAAGGUAUCACGUGUUCUUACGUCAACAGCUUUUGUCGUGUAAUCGACCCACGGUGAACUGUAAACAAGAAAUCUGAAUACAGCAGUAUUUAGAAAAUGCAGACUGGUUCUAAUUUCUUGACAAGAAAUUGUCCUUUUCGAAAGGCAAGACGAAUCGUCUUGAUGUUCGCAUUCUGUACAUUUGUGUUGAUUCUAAUUACAUCACUCCGUAAGAAGGAAGACGAUAUCUUUCCGGACAAGAAAGAUUUUAACUUUUCACUGAUGUUGCCGUUCAUUGAACCUAAGCUAUCACGUAGACAGAGGGAUGUUUUUAUGGCAGUUAUAGUGAACUCCGCAGCUGAAGGACUAGAGCACAAACAGUUGCGUUCUGCGAUUCGUAACACGUGGGGACGACCGCUUUUAAUCGAAAAUAAAUCAUGGCUUCUGGUAUUCYCACUUGGCUUAACAAAUGCUUCACAAUAUAACCAAGCGAAUCAAAUGGAAGCUGAACAAUUCAAUGAUGUACUAGUGGGAAAUUUUACUGAUCAUUAUUAUAACAUAGCUACGAAAACCUUCAUGGGUCACUACUGGGUUUUAUCAAGGCUUUCGUGUCGAUAUGUUUUGAAGACUGACGACGACGUGUACGUUCGCAURCCACAGACUAUACAUUGGUUGCAGAAACAACAAUUUCCCCGKCCGUUUUACGGUGGGSAUGUUGAGAAAGAACACCUAAAUGUCAAUCGUGGAAAGACUGACAAAUGGUAUCUUCCUAGAGAUGUUUACAAAGAGGACKUAUGGCCUCCGUUUUGUCACGGAGCGUUUCAUAUAAUAUCUAUUGACGCCGUGCCGCUACUUAUAAACUGGUCUCGUAAGCAAAGUCCAGCGUUCACUGACGAUGCAUAUAUAGCUGUUAUCAUGUUGAAUGCCUCAAUUGAGGCUACACAGAUUCCRGGCUACUCUGUUCGCUAUGAUGYUGUYCACGAUUGCCGUCUAGACACGAUGAAUGCAAUAGGCCAUCGUUUCACCUCCAAUGCUAUAGCCAGUUUACAUCAAUUUUACAAUGAGAAUAGAUGGAAAUGUUCAUUUUGGAUUUAUAGAAASGUUAUUAGCAAAAUAUUCCCUGUUGUUAGUACUUGAAGUUAUAAGUUAAAUCUCUGACAAUAGAUUUUUGUGUGAUUUGUUAUCUACAAGUGGAGAUGAUAGCCCACUCCUCUUUCCCAUUCCUUCUCGGCRACACAGCAGAAACGCCUUCAUAAACGGCGAGGAAUUGGAACUUACAGUCCAAAGACAUGWAGCGCGCCCCAUCYAAACACCAUUAUUCAAUUCAUUAUUCGAUUCURGGUCGAUUCAACAUUACAUUAUUGAAAUCAAAUUUGAAUUCAAACUUCGAAAUUUGAUUGGAUUAUUGAUGGGAUUUUCAUAAAGCAUUCUUCGUAUUUCGCUUGUAAAUAUGCUGUUCUUUUGUAAUUUCCAAGUUGCUGUAUGCUGUCAAUUUGGUUGCAUCUGUUCCUUCUCGUGAGAAAGGAAUGACGGCCUCAAAAAGCUGGAAAUGCUGUGUUGUUUUCUGUCAUUAUCAGAGUUCGAGAUUUGAAUUUAAUUUUGCAUUAAUCUGAAGUUUAAAAACGAAAAAUAAAAUCAAAAAUCCAAUAAUGCAUUGAAUAACGAACUAUACGGGGGGCGCGCUUCAUGUCUUUUGAUUGUAAAUCACGAAUUUAAGUCAAUUUUUCUGGUCAUGUGUUCAGGAUAUGUCUGUCAUUUAGCUUUGAUAAACAUCGUUUUGUAAAUCGAUUUUUUGUACACGAAAAAUGCUGAAAAAGCAUCUGAAUUUUGCGAUAAAAAUGUGGUAGGAUGUCUGUGUGGAUUUCAGCUGUAGAACACUUCCACURYAUGGUUUUGGAAGUAUUUUCAGUUGGGUGGUGCACCAAGAUCAAAAUUAUUUGUUAUAGUAAUCAAGAAUUCUUUAUUAUCAAGAUGAACAGUUAUGUCAUCUACAACUAGAUCAUUGUGCUGAAGUUGCUCUUUUAUAUCUUAAAAUAUCAAGAAAUUACAACAAUUAAAUAUGAAUAUUAAAUUACAGCAAAUAUUUAUAGAGAUCGGAAUAUGUUAAGUCUCUAAUAAAGAUUCAUUUUUGUCAUAAUAAAUAAAAUUCAUUACAUGUAAAAAAAUACAGAGAAAAUAUGACUUUUAAGUUAAAACCUGUUAAAACAGGUUGCCACCUGCUACAAGCGUUGCCAAAAUUACUUGGAACGACUACCGUAUUUACUCGAAUAGACGCCGCGGCGUUUGUUUCAUUUUCACAGUCCAGGUGCGGCGUUCAUUCGAGGGCGGCGUCUAUUCGGGGAAGGCGUUUAUUGAAAAAACACUUUAUUCAGUACU